AUGUCCAAGGAACACAAAGCCAGCCAGUCUGGCAGUGCCAGCGCCAACGCUUGGAAGAAAGAUAUCGAACUCGUGACAUGCUUGUUCAGAUUGCGAUGCCAACCACCUAUUCCCUACCCGAUUAUCGCCGGUCUACUCCUGAAGACACUACCUUCUGUCAUAGGCCGCAUCGCCGAGACAGAGAGAUCGGAGGACAAAAAUCCGGAGCGAGGCAUGAAGGAGUGGUUGGAGAUGUAUUUGGAGCAGGUGUACGACGGCUCUGAGAACUUGCAGAGCGAGGGUUGGAAAUCGGCCCGGAGCUGGGAUGAGGCUGUUGUGAAGGAGUUGUUGAUACUCUCUGGGCUAAAUUUGAAUGGUAAUGAGUAUCAGGUCAUGGGAGAAAAGGAAUUGGCUCUGCAGAUCAAGUGGAAGAGCGAGGGAGACUGGAGAGCUGGCUCGACACCACUUGAGCCGUUGAGACGAUUCAAUCGAGCUCGCGGUACAUCAUCUCUGUGGCAGAACGAUGGGCCAAUGGCAGAAGAUCGCCGAACUUGGAGUCUGGUGGUCGGCGCGGACCGUCGAAAGUCUCCUUCCGAACUCAAGACAAGCCCAAAUCCAAAUCCAAAUCCAAAUCCAACCUGCCCGAACUCAAAGCCCGAGAAUAUGAAGACCUGCGAAGAGAAACAAGGAAGCGAGUUGCGUAAGCGUGGAGUGCAGUUCCAUCUCCAAGACUUGACCGCAGGUUAUUACGGAGUUCAUGGAUGGACUGAAAUGGGGGAAUAA